AACGUUAGUUGAGUGCUAAUUCGCUGUUGGUGAUGUUCAUAAUAAAACGCUGCGGGUGAUUUUUCGUGUCUGAACGGCGCUGCAUUGGCAUUUCUUUGCACCCAACAAAUCGAACAAAAUGUUUUUCCAAUUGUGUUUAGUUCUUAAAUCUUGCGGCGGAUUGCAAAACUGAAAUAAUUUGCUUAAACGAAGCUCGUCCGAUUUUUUACAUGUAUUUGUGUUUUUCCUUUUGUGUUUUUGUGGAAUUUUUAUUAAAAUAUUAACGGCAGUGGCUGGAAGUGUCUGCAAAUGCAAACAAAUCAAUUAGCACAUCCAGUGCAGAGCAAAAUAUGUAAAAUUAUCUACAUACAAACAUAUUUACGUACUUGCGCGUGUGCGUUAUAAUAUUUGUGUUUGUGCGUGUGUGUGCGGUAUAAAAAGUGAAAAACAAAGUGUGAAUUCGUGCGAAUAACUGUGCCAAAGCGUAGGCAAAUUUUCAAACAUAAAUCUUGUACGAAGAUGUGUUUUGCUGUUGCUUUUUGAUUCUACGCUCGAAAGCCGUUGCAGCUGUGAAGCGUGAAUUUCUGUGCGGUACUUCAAAACGUGCCCAAGGUAUCCAAAGUGUCGACUGUUGGACUGUUGCUGAAUGGCAUUCCAAUUGGUUGCUGCUGCCGCUGCCGCGCCACUGCCGAGCAGCUAAACGACCAUCAGGGUAAACAUUGGAUUGAAGUGGAAAGUGAAAUUUGUUUAUUGAAAGCCAAAAAUAAUAAACCGGCAAUUUAUGCGCUAGCCCAAAGCAAACACAAAAGCAAAAACAAUAAAAACCAACAAAUAUUUUGAGUACCGGUGUACUUGCGGUAAUGACACAGCAACAACAACGAGCGUAAAAUAAACACUAGUAAAAAGUGUAACAGCUGUCAGAGCAAUUGGCAACACCGCCAGAAACCGAAAAGGCCAACAAAAUUUACAACAACAAACAAUUGCUGUUUGCGCGCGCAAUUUGCAUGAUUGUUGCAACACCUUGACAAAAACAACACACAACAAACAAAGCGAAAAAUAUUAUGCCCAAUAACACCAACAAAAAGGCCAACAAAAAAGUUGCAACCAAAAAACCGUUAGUGUUAUAGAUAAAAGAUAUUGCUUGGACGACUUUUUUCCUUUCGCCAAUUUUGCCAACUUGUGUUAUUACAAUUUUUUGCUGGCGUGCCACCACCAAUUGCCGGUGAGGGCCACAUUUAGCUGCAACAAAUAAGGGUGUUGAACGUUGCCGGCCAACACAACGGCAACGAACAACAAAUAACGGUCAACUGCAAACUGCGGACAGCAAAUAACUACACGCCUGUCUGCCGCGGUGCCUGCCAGCGUUGCAACUGCACAACAAAGCCAACAACAACAAACAGCAGCAAUAAUGACAACAACCAAACAGGCUGACAUCAAUACAAACACCACAACCGCCAACGAAGUGGCCGGUCACGUUGCAGCCGUUGGUGCCACCGGCAGCGGCAGCGGCAUCGGCACUAGCGCUGGCAACGGCAACGCCAUUGUUGUGGGCACCGAUGUUGACAACGGCAUGGGAUCGCCGUUGACGCCGUCAAAUAGAAACUCGAAUGGUCACACGAACCACACAAAUAAUUUCUACAGUAAUUCAUCGAAUUCAAAUUCAAAUAUUGGCAAUAAUGGCAGCACAACAACUACAACAACAGCAGCAGCAAAUAACAACCAGCGUGUUAUGAACGAAUCGAAUAAACGCAAGAAACUGAAAUCACGCACAGCAACUGUACCGAGUGGCGGCGGUCAAGGUCAUACCCAUGCUGAGGGCUAUAUGAAGGAUCACUUGGACGCCUGGCUGGAGACUUGUCUCAAGGAUGCCUCCAAUGCACAGCUGUCCUCCUCAUCAGAGUUCUUAGAUUAUAAUCCAAUGCCCGCGAGUACUGUUAGUGGCGUCGGCGGCGGUAGUGGUGGUAUUAGUACAACAAAUCCGCAAAAAUUCCUACAACAACAAAUGCAGCAACGUCAUCAACAAAGCCAGCAACAACAGCGUGAGCAGCAGCAACAACAACAACAACAGAAUCAAGCGUAUUUGUCUAAUAACAGUUUGAAUAACGCGAAUCAACAGCCAACAUUUUCAUAUGUACAACAGCAGCAACACCAACAACAGCACUCGCCACAAAUGCAACAACAACAAUUUGGUUUGCGUUCGGGUCCAAUGUCAUUUUCCGGCGGUUAUGCGGGCGGUGGCAGUGGACCCUUCAGCCAAGGUUUUCAACGGAAUGUGCCAAAUUACAUGAAACAAUCUCACUACAACAACCGCUACUCCAUGAUGUUCCCACACAGCGGCAUGGGACCUGGUCCUGGUGGUUAUUAUCAACAAACCGAUGCCCAAGACUUCGCCAGUCUGCCGCCCAUAGUAAAUAUGAUGGGCGGUUCAUCGGAAAUGGAAAAUAACUCGACAGAUGUGCUCGAUGGCAGUGGCAGCAAUCCGAAUAUUAGUAGAGGUUUCCGUUUCAGCGAUCCUUGCCUGCUGAAUCCGUCCGACAACGACUCGAAAGUGAGUGGCCAAAAUACACCCGAUCGUCGCAAUCAGUUGCCGAGCGAUUUGGAGAAUAAUAAAUUCUUCGCUGCUCUAAUGGAACAGAUUAAUCUAUUGCACGAAACUAAUACGAAGAUUUGCCGAAAUCUACACGAAACAAAAGGCGCAUACACCCCAGGUAUGAUGACCGACGUGGUUCGUGAGGUGAAAGAGGCCGCUCGUGUGCGCGAAGAUGCGCUAUUAAAUCGGGUAAAAGCGAUGGUCGAAGAGCGUCAAUGGUCGUUUAAUGAGAGCAACUUGCGCAUGAUGCGCGACAUUGAAGAGCUAAAGUCUCAAGUCCAUCAUCUGCGCGCCGACCGCAAAGAGUCCAACAAACGCAUUACACACCUCGAGGCGGAGAACAAGUACAUGCGUCAAAUGUUGACGAAUCUCUUCAACCAGCGCAACGCACCCGACAUCAUCUACGAGAAUGAAACACUGCGCACACAACGCAAAUCCUUUCCAACAGCGCCGGCACGACGCUCACAAUCGAUGAAUCUGCAUUACGGCACCAUACACCAUCAACCGCCAACCGUUGCGCUCACCGUGGAUGAGCAGGACGAGCGCUUGCAUAUCGUUGAGGCGGCCACGCAGCAGCGUGCCACCGCCGCGGACAUGGUGACCGUAAGUGAUAGACGCACCACUGAGUUGCGCAGUUCGUUCUCCAGCUCGGAUGGUGGCGGUAGCGUGGGAGCGGGUAGUUGUGGUGGUGGUGUGGUUGGCACCGGUGCUGCUGCGCGUAACAGUGGCAGCAGUGGUGCCAGUGGCGUAGGCAUUUGUACAGUAACAGCCAUGCCUAACGGUAACGCUGCAAUGGCCAGCGGUCAACAGCUGAUGUCGCCGCCAAACUUUGCGUUGAUAUCAACACCGGCCGAGGAGGAGGCGGUCAAAAUGCGCAAAAAGAAGGGCCGAAAAGUGCCACAAAUCGACGGCUCGAAGCGUAACGGUGAAUAUCACGAGGAAGUAAGUGGCGCUGCCGUGGCUGCGACACACGCUGAUGAGGAUGCUGGCAAUGAGGCGGACGACGAUAGCAAACUGUCGUCACAGGAGCUGCAGCAGGAGUUGCAGGAUGCGGUGGCAGCGCGUAAGGAGGCCGAUAAUCGUGUCAUUGCGCUUGAGCAUAUGGUAAAAACACUACGUCUAAAUUCCAAUACAGCCAACAAUGCGACCAACAACAACAAUGCAUCCCAUUAUCCAAACGCAAGUGUUGCAUAUAAACUAACUAACGGUACAGGUAGUACUGGUAACGGUGUGGUUGUAAAUCCCUACGUUGCUGGUUACACUUAUAACAUUAACCCUUGCACUACCAACAACUCAAGCAGCGCAUUGCCACCACCAACAACACACUCAACGGCAAUGUCAUCAGCAACAUCGGCGGCGGCGGCGGCGGCGGUGAUCAUGCCACAUCAAAUGCAACACAAAGCGCAUACGAUCGCCACGGCGAGCAGCAGCAUCGGUUGUGUCGGGCAAUCGCCAACCAAAUUGAGCGUUGCUGGACCCAUAACGGAUUUAUAGUUCUAGCUGACGGCCACCAAGCGACGUGUACGCGUCACGCAUUUCUGACUGCAGCAGCGGCGGCCACAUGCCACAUACCAAUGCGCACGCCUGCAUACACAUCAUUGCCACUGCGUGCGGCGGGUGGAGCGUGGGCGUAGACGAUGAAUCCCUAUUUUAGCCGAAAGCGUCGGUAAACGAAACUCGAAUCUUGAUAUACGAAACACACUCGAAUACAAACGAAGUGUUGAUUGAUAUACGAAACACACUCGAAUACAAACGAAGUGUUGCGACGACUUCACUCAUGAACGUCCAUAACGGCAUAGUUUUUUGCAUAAUUUUUGCGCAUAAGUAUACUCGUAAUUGUUAUUAACACUCGUUAACGCAUUCGCAUUUGCAUUUUUUGUGUAUGUGUUAGUGUGCAAUUCGUCCAUAUGUAUAUGUGUAGUUUGUGCUUUAUAUAUUUGACUUGCGUUUUGCAUUUGGAAAAUCGUCCAUAAUUAUUAUUACAUAACUCCAGUUUGUAUUUACCCAAGUAGUUUGUUACUAAAAAUAAUAAAAAAUAAUAUUUUACAAUAGACUCUAUGGUCAAGUAGUGUAUGUAUGCGUUUUUGAAAACCCCUAAACAAUUUUUUUUGGAAACAUACGAACAAAAAUUGAAAUUCGUUGCAAAUUAAAUGUUUUUGCUGAUCAUUUUGUGUAACUGUAAAAAUUUAUCUUUGUAUUUGAAAGAAAAAAUUAUAAAUAUGCUUAUAUACAAAUUCUGUUUAAAUAUUAUAAAUUUUUCCCCAAAAUCAUUUCAAAUUUCUGAAAAAAAAAUCAUAAAAUUAAAAUGAAAAAAAUUUUAAACUAAAACCAUUACGUAAUAAAGUACAUACAUGAUAUAAAAACAAUUUGAAAAAUAUUAAAUAUGAAUAUUUUAAACAUAUUAUAUAUAAUGACAUUAAAUACUAUAUACAUGCAUAUAUAUUUGUAUAAGCUAGCGCGUAUAAUAGAAACUACAAUAUGCAAAAUAAGAUAUUUUAAGUGCCAUUACUAUAUAAACAAUAUAAUAAAUAUUUUAUUUUUGAGUUAAAAAACAA